AUGUUUAUCGACUCGAAGCCGACUUCUCUGUUCUCUCGCGGCUCUCAUAGCUCGAGGAGCUCAUUUGCCGAGAUGGAGCAUCCGAAGCCUCAACUGCGGCGGCCACCAGCUGCAUUGAACCGUUCGUCUUCGUCUCUCAGUCUGAACGGCUUCGAAAAGUCGGCUCCAUCAUUUCAAUCUUUCGUCAGAAAGACACCGACACCGAACCAAGACAAACCUCUACCACCAGUGCCGAUGAUUAAAACAUCAGAGUCAUCCCCCAUCUCAGCACGACGCACUUCGAGCAUCUACAGUCGCACUGUCUCUCAGUAUGCACCGACACCCGAAUCAUGGAGGGAUGAAGAGUACUUGAUGCCAACGUUCUUUCUGCAACCAUCUGCGUACAGCUUGAGCACUCCUGAACUCACCUUGAAAGACACGGCACAAUCAAUCGUACCACCAAGACCGUGUGUACCGCUCAUCACCAGUCCGUCACCAAGUCCGAGCCGAACAUCAACACCUUCACCACCCCCGGAACGUUUCUGGCAAGAAAAGCUUCUGCCUCCUUCGCCUCAGAUGCUACGCAUAGCGACACAACAUAUCAGGACCGUAUCACUAGACAAAGCAAAGGCCGCUUUACGUUCCCUGGGAGCGCAGCAACUCCUCCCGGAAGAAAUGAGGGCGUUGGCUGCAGCCAAGAAGGCAAAUCAGCAACACAUAAUCCGAGGCAGCAGAUCUUUCGGAGCUAUCGUGCCUCUGCGGACUCCAGUACUAUCUCCCGUCCUCCCGAGCCCGAGUCUUCCGUCACCAACCCCGUACGACUGGCCUUUACAAGGAAAUACCUACUUUGACAAGCAUGGAUCGAAAUUGUCCGAUGAAUACUUCGAAAUGAGCAAGGAGAAACGAAUGUCGAUGUCACCUGUUGAGAAGCGGUUGAAGUCUCCAAUCGAGAUAUCGAUCACUCGUCCGUCAGAACCUCUAGCAGCGGAUUACGAGCCUCGUGGCAGACCUCGUCAACAGUCACGAACAGGGUGCAGCAGACGACUAAACGACUACGAGAGCAAAGUGAUCGAUGCAUAUGAAGACAGGACUCUGAAUGCAUCCUCGAACGAAAGUCUCAUGGAUGAGGCCAAGCGAUUGGCCAACGAAUACCACGCUUUAUUCAAGGAAGAAGCCAAAGUUUCUGGAUUUCGAAAGCACAGUGCUUCGUCUAACAGUAUCAAGGAGAAGAUGAAGCUUGUACCACAACCAUUGUUCUUCAACCCUAGACAAAUAUCCAGACAGCGAGAGCUUGAGUAUCAGAAGUUGCGCAACAAGGCUUACUCGCCAGCAGCAAGCAANAGUCCCAACUCGCGGGUGACCCCUCGCGAGCAGCGAAAUAGUCCCAAAGGCAAAGAGCGCGCACUUAAAUUUCCUUACAAGCUGUCUCUCACACCAGAGUCUACAGGCGCGAGACGUCGUCGCAGCACAAGUGGCAGUAUACCAAUUUCACCGCCAUUCCCUGGGCAUGAAGCUCCGAAAACAAAAGACCUGCCACCUCUCACUGUACCAAGGAAACAAAGCAUCGAUGACUUUGACUCCUUUUCGGCCUUCUAUCAACGCAUCAAUGCGGAUGCAGAGCAGUUAGCUAGGGAAUACGGCAAGGCUGGCAGUAAAGUCACUUUCGAGAUGGACACGCUACCUCUUAUCCACUCUCGUCCCUCAGACGAGACCACGCAUGCUUCACAAGAACCGCUCUAUGAAAAGAGAAAGCAGUCCUAUGACAGUGGCAUCAGCAGCGUAGCUUCCUCAGGAGGCUCAAAAGCGCCCUUGAAAUCGCUCACCAACAAGAUGACUUCGGUGUUUGUCCGAAAGUCGUCGGUCAGUGCUGUGGAAGGGUUAUCAGGCCUGGUCGAGAAUUUCAGGCAGCAAAGACCUUCCUUCCCUGUUAUCAGUGCACCGCAACCAAUAUCAAUGGCGGAAGCAUAUGACCCCAUGAGGUUGCAAGCAUCGUCAUCUGCGACCUCUUAUACUGCGAAGAAGCGACCAAGUGUCUUUGCAGGAAUCAAGGAUCAUAGACGCGAAAGUAGGGCUAAUAAGCGGAGGGAAGAGCUCAAGAAGACGAUCAAGAUGGUGCCGCUGGGAGGGACGCCUCAAGCGCCGCGAAAAGAUGGCGAAUGGUUGUAG